UUUGAUACUUUUAAGCAUGGCUGCCUGAUGGGCUGGGACGUAAACGGCAACAAAUACUACGAGAACCAGCGGUACAUGAUCGGCCGCAGCCGUUGGGUGGAGUACGCGGAACACUACAAAUGGGAGUAUGACGGCUCUCAGGUGACCCCAGAAUGGUUUGGCUGGCUCCACUACAUGACGGACCAGGUGCCGUGCUGCAACCUCAUCAAGUGCUGUAUGCGGCAGUCGGACUGCCACAACCGGUGGCUCCUGCCUCCCGAGGAGAACAUGACGGGCACUAUACGCCAGUACUACCCGUACUCCACCACCAGGCAGGCCGUCACGGUGUGGGACGGUUCGUCUCUAUGCGAGUUGCCCUGACCCCCCGUUUGC